AUGACUUUGACUGGAAGAGCUCGGCACGGACAUAGCGUCUGUUUCUCUCCGUUUGCUCGUGAUCGAUUUGCUUGCGUUGCGGGACAGAAUUACGGCUUGUCUGGCGUUGGAACUUUGUACAUCAUUCGGUCACAAGAGAGACAUCUAGUGGAACUUGCUAGCCGCGAGUGGCGAGAUAUGUUAUUUGACGUCGCUUGGAGCGAAGAAGCUGACGGAGUUUUGGUGACGGCAAGCGGCGAUGGUUCUCUCCAGCUGUGGGAUAUCGGACGGCCUGAAUUAGAGUCUGUGGAAAUUUUUAACGAACACGGUCAGGAAGUAGCAAGUGUCGAUUGGACGAAAGUUCGAUCCGCUCCUCAACAUUUUCUCAGUUCAUCGUGGGACGGGAGCCUAAAGUUAUGGGAUCCGAAUCGUCGCGAGUCAUUAAACACUUACCUGGGACACAGUGGGAUCGUGUAUGAAACUGUAUGGUCACCCAGUGUUGCUGGACUGUUUGCGUCAGUGGGAAGUGACCAGACACUUGCACUGUGGUCAGUAAAGCAUUCCUUGCCUCACCCAGUACAACAAUUUCGUGCCCAUGAUGGAGAAGUACUAUCUUGCGACUGGAGCAAAUAUGAUGAAAACAUUCUUGUAACAGCCUCUGUAGAUCAACUCGUACGGGGCUGGGAUGUCAGAAACAUUACGAGUCCCGUGUUCAGUUUGUCUGGGCAUACGAUGGCCGUUCGGAAGGUCCGGUGUUCGCCACAUGAAAGAAACUUAUUGGCAUCUUGUUCGUAUGACUUCAGUGUUAGAACGUGGGACGUCUGUCAAAGAGAUUCGUUGUUAGAAACAUUUGUGCACCACCCAGAGUUUACUAUAGGGCUGGAUUUUAAUCUUCACAUCAAAGGAGAAGUAGUCGACUGUUCGUGGGAUGAAACUGUCUGCGUGUACAUGCCACGUAGUCUGAGUCAGCCCAAAUAACAAUUUAAUUGCAGAGAUCUGUGCUGAUUUUUUUUAUUUAACCGGGUAGGAUGUUGACUACAAAGGAACGGUUCUGUUGCCAUCCU